CUGUUUUUAUUCAUCAAUCCCGGUCGAAACCUACCUCCUUCCCACCAUUCAAUGUAUGAAAUGCUGUCGUUUUGGACAUAUGACUGGAAAACCCAUAUUAUUAUACCCAUUUUAAAGCCUGGAAAAGACCCCUCUUCAGCAUUAAAUUACCGCCCUAUUGCUAUCUCAUCAACCUUAUCUAAAGUCAUGGAACAUCUCGUAAAGAAUCGACUGGAGUGGAUAUUAGAAAAUAGGGGCAUUCUGUCAAGGACUCAAUUUGGUUUUAGAAAAGGUUUUAGCACAAUGGAUAGCCUUAGUAUCUUAGUAUCAGACAUAAGACUUGCUUUUUCCAAAAAUUAG